UCCAGACCCACAGAGUCAAACAUUCCUCCACAAUGGCGCUUUCCUCCAGUCUAAAAUACGUGUCUCUGGGGGUUCUGGUGCUGCAAACCACCCUGCUGGUUCUCACCAUGCGCUACUCCCGUACCCUGAAGGAGAACGGUCCUCGCUACCUCGCCUCCUCUGCCGUGGUGUCAGCUGAAGUGCUCAAGAUUUUUACGUGCACUCUCCUCAUCUUCAGUGAGAACAAUUUUAGCUUGAGGGCAAUGUACGAGCUGCUGAACGAGGAGAUUCUGAACAAGCCCAUGGAGCUCGUGAAGCUGGCCGUUCCUGCAGGGAUCUACACUCUGCAGAACAAUCUGCUCUAUGUUGCCCUGUCCAACCUGGACGCAGCCACCUAUCAGGUCACGUACCAGUUGAAGAUCCUCACCACAGCUCUGUUCUCUGUCUCCAUGCUCGGGAAAAAGUUAGGCUGCUACCAGUGGCUCUCCCUGCUCUUCCUCAUGGCCGGGGUCACUCUGGUGCAGUGGCCCGUCGAGUCUCUGGGUGACUCUGAACAGAAUGUAAUGUCUGCAAGCUCCCAGUUUGCUGGCCUGAUGGCCGUGCUGAUGGCCUGUGUGUCCAGUGGUUUUGCUGGAGUUUACUUUGAGAAGAUCCUCAAAGAGACAAGCCAGAGUCUGUGGCUUCGUAAUAUACAGCUGGGUUUGUUCAGCUUUGUGUUUGGCUUGAUAGGUAUGAUGGCGUAUGAUGGCAAAAGCGUGAAGCAGGCGGGGAUUUUCCAGGGAUACAACAUUAUUACCUGCAUAGUUGUCGUCUUACAGGCUCUCGGCGGGCUGAUCGUGGCUGUAGUCAUUAAAUAUGCUGACAACAUCCUCAAAGGAUUUGCCACCUCUCUAUCAAUCAUAGUGUCUACACUCAUUUCGUAUUUCCUGUUGAAGGACUUUAAUCCCACAAGCGUAUUUUUUCUAGGUGCAGUACUGGUUAUUGCUGCCACAUUUCUUUACGGCUAUGAGCAGAAACCUGCCAGCAGCAGCACCAACAAAGUGUAAUCAGAGACUUGCG